CAGAAGAGUAACAGCGAAAAAUGGCAAGAACCAAGCAGACCGCUCGUAAAUCCACCGGAGGCAAAGCCCCCAGGAAGCAGCUGGCCACCAAGGCUGCUCGUAAGAGCGCCCCGGCCACCGGCGGCGUGAAGAAGCCUCACCGUUACAGGCCCGGUACCGUGGCUCUGAGAGAGAUCCGUCGUUACCAGAAAUCCACCGAGCUGCUGAUCCGCAAGCUGCCCUUCCAGCGCCUGGUGAGGGAGAUCGCUCAGGACUUCAAGACCGACCUGCGCUUCCAGAGCUCCGCUGUCAUGGCUCUGCAGGAGGCCAGCGAGGCUUACCUGGUCGGCUUGUUCGAGGACACCAACCUGUGCGCCAUCCACGCCAAGAGGGUCACCAUCAUGCCCAAAGACAUCCAGCUGGCCCGCCGCAUCCGUGGAGAGAGAGCUUAAACUGUCCUCUGCUCCAUAAACACAACGGCUCUUUUAAGAGCCACUAACUCUCUGACAGAGCAACACAUCCUUCUGUUAAUACUUUUAUUAUUAUUAUUGUUUGUGUCUAAUCACCUCAAGUUUUUACAGAGCUAUGAUGACACUUAAACAAAUGUUAACACUGUAUAAUCUUGAGUAAAUCCAUUCAGAAGCAGUUCUGUUUUUAUUGUACAUGUAUGAUGGGGAAAAGGUCUGUUUGUGCGUAAAAAGCUGUAGACCAACAUUUUACACAUUUAUACAGAUUAAACACAUUCUGUUAACCUCUGGAAAAAUAAUAAAGUAGACUGUGGA